UAAGUUUUUGCCAAACAAACCGUCGUCUCUAAAUUUUUCAACUUGUUUUCCUCACACAAUUUAGCACAUUAUGUGCCUCAGUGUAUGAUAUGCAGAGAAUAAAGAUUGAAUUUUUAUGCUUAUUACCAACCCAAUUCUUGUUUAUCUCCUCCACUUCUGCAUGUUAAUUGUGUUUUCAUUUCUUUUCUCUACUUCCUAUACUGUAAAGCUACAAUCUUUGCAGUAAAUUGUUGCUAUUUCUUAUUUAAAUAAUUUAUUACAACUUUAAAAUGGCUACUCCAAUGGAAGAAGACAACAAUAUUAAUCCUCUCAAGAGAAGUUUUAGUUCAGUCAGCAAUUUACAGUCAGACCCUUCUGAUCAUGAUCAUAAUGCUGCUACCCAUCAACCAGAUUCUACUGUUACUACCAUUGGCAAAGAAUUUAGUCCCAGAAGUUAUCAAGUGAAGGUUUUUGAGGUGGCUAUGAAGAGGAACACUAUAGCUGUGUUGGAGACAGGAGCUGGAAAAACUAUGAUUGCUGUUAUGUUAAUUAGAGAGAUUGGUUUAGCUAUUAAGUCCAGUGGUCUUAAAAGAUUAAUUAUUUUUUUAGCUCCUACUGUUCAUCUUGUUAAUCAGCAAUAUGAGGUUAUUAAGGUUAAUACAGAUUUUGAAGUGGGUGAAUACUAUGGAGCAAAGGGGGUGGAUGAUUGGACUCUGAAGUUCUGGGAAAAGGAGAUUGAGGAGCAUGAUGUUUUGGUUAUGACGCCCCAGAUCCUUUUGGAUGCCUUAAGAAAGGCAUUCUUAAGUCUAGAAAUGGUAUCCUUGAUGAUAAUAGAUGAGUGCCACCGCACUACUGGUAACCAUCCUUGUACGAAAAUUAUGAAGGACUUCUACCACAAAUUGAGUAACAAGCCAAAGAUUUUUGGAAUGACAGCAUCACCUGUUGUUAGAAAAGGUGUCUCCUCUGCUAUGGAUUGUGAAGAUCAAAUAUCACAACUUGAGACCGUGUUGGAUUCCCAGAUUUACACUAUUGAAGACAAGGCAGAAAUAAAUGUCCAUGUUCCCUCUGCGCGAGAAACAUGUAGAUUUUUUAACAAAGCAUCGUUUUGUAGCUUAGACAUUAAAUCUAAAAUUGAAGCUUCAUGGUCUAAGUGUGAUGGUUCACUGCAAAGUUUGCAAGGGUCAAUACAAAGCCGUUAUAGAGAUGCGGAUGACAAACAUAAGCUGAUGAAACAGCGGGUGUCGAACGACUGUUCAAAGAUAUUGAAUUGCCUUGAAGAUCUUGGCCUCGUAUGUGCUUAUGAGGCUGUCAAAGUUUGUUUAGAGAAUGCUCCGAACUCCACUGAGGAAUGUGAAUUUUAUAAAGACAUUUCUAUGAAGUAUAAAGAUUUCCUUGAGGAAGUGCUAAUCAUUGUUGGCGAGUCUUUGCCACCUGGUGAUAAUUAUUUUUUGGAUCUGGGAUUUGACUAUUUGAAGGCAGUAGAUUUGGGUUACAUAUCUCCAAAAUUAUAUGAACUACUUCAAGUUUUCCUGUCAUUUGGAGGAGACAAGGAGAUACUGUGCCUCAUUUUUGUUGAUAGAAUUGUUACGGCUAAAGUAAUUGAAAGAUUUGUCAAGAAAGUUGCAGUGCUAUCACAUUUUACUGUUUCUUAUGUUACUGGUUCUACUACAUCAGUUGAUGCAUUGACACCAAAAAUACAAAAGAAAACCAUGGAAUCAUUUCGCUCUGGCAGGGUCAAUCUGUUAUUUUCCACGGACGUAUUGAGGGAGGGAAUUCAUGUGCCUAACUGCUCCUGUGUAGUAUGCUUUGAUUUGCCCAAGACAGUAUGCUGUUAUGUCCAAUCUCGAGGGCGAGCUCGACAGAGUGAUUCUCAAUACGUCAUCAUGCUUGAGAGGGGAAAUGUGAAACAAAGAGAUCAGCUAUUUGAUUUCAUUAGGAGUGAAUGGUUAGUAACAAAUACUGCUAUAAAUAGAGAUCCUGAUGUUUGGACUAUGAAAAUAUGCAUUCCUGAGGAAACCAAGGCAUAUUUUGUGGAUGCUACUGGCGCUUCAGUCACUGCAGAUUCUAGCGUUACCCUCAUACAGAGAUACUGUAGUAAGCUCCCGAGUGAUAGGUACUUUACACCAAAGCCUAAAUUUGAGUUUGAAAGUUUCGAGCAGUCAUUCCUGUGUAAGUUAAGGUUACCUGCCAGUGCUGCUUUUCAAACAAUUGUUGGUCCAGAAAGUAGAAGUCAAAACCUGGCAAAGCAGCUAGUAUGCCUGGAAGCUUGUAAGAAGCUGCACCAAAUGGGUGCCUUGGAUGAUCAUCUCCUACCUUCAGUCGAUGUACCGGAAGAUGAUCUUACUGGGAGAAGUAGAGGAGCAUUAGCAGGCGCAGGAACUAAAAAAAGGAAGGAAUUGCAUGGAACGACUUCCAUUCGUGCAUUAUCGGGAAGUUGGGGAGGGAACCUUGAUGGAGCCACCUUUCAUGCAUAUAAGUUUGAUUUCUCAUGUAACAUUGCCAAUGAGAAGUAUUCUCAAUUUAUACUUCUCAUCGAAUCAAAACUUGAUGAUGAUGUUGGAAAUUUCGAGUUGGACCUUUUCUUAAUCAGGAAGACAGUUAAGGCUUCUGUUUCUUUCUGCGGACAAGUGCAUUUAGAUGCUGAACAGAUGAUGAAAGCUAAGUGCUUCCAUCAAUUGCUUUUCAAUGCCUUGUUUGGGAGGUUGUUUACUGGGUCCAAAUCAUCGGGAUCACCGAGAGAGUUUUUGCUUCAGAAAGAAACGAGCUUAUUAUGGAAUCCGUCAUAUAUGUAUUUUCUGCUACCACUCGAGACAUUCACUGCAUCAAGUGACGAAUCUUGGAAAAUAAAUUGGAGAGGAGUUAAUGUUUGCACCACGGUGGUAGAAUUCUUGAAGAAGAAUUAUUCUUUGGGCGCCGAGUAUCAUAAUGGCGAGACAGCAUGCUCGUCUUAUAUCGAGAGUAGUAAUGGAAAUGCAAUUCACUUUGCUAAUAGCUCAAUUGAUAUAGAUAAAGUAGAAAAUAUGGUGGUCUUAGCAAUUCACACAUGUAAAUUAUAUUCUGUUGUUGAGGUGAUGAAUGGUUCAUCUUCUGAGACUUCUUUUGAGCAGAACGUCGGUGAUAAACCCUCAAAGUACUCUUCAUAUUCAGAGUACUUUAAAGAAAAGUAUGGAAUAGUGCUGAUGCAUCCAACACAGCCUUUGUUGCUGUUGAAGCAAAGCCAUAAGCCUCACAACCUGCUUAGUCCUAACGAUGAAGAUACUUCAAAAGCUGGCAUGGUUGUCGAAAAAGAGAGACAGUAUGCUCGCAUGCCACCUGAGCUCUUAGUCAGUAUUGACCUUUCACAUCAGACUCUAAAAUCAUUUUACUUACUACCAUCAGUGAUGUAUCGUCUGGAGUCCCUCAUGUUAGCCAGCCAGCUUAGACAAGAGAUCGACUGUCAAGUUCCCAGCUUUCAUAUCCCAAGCUCAUUGUUGCUGGAAGCAAUAACCACACUCAGAUCUUGCGAAACCUUUUCCAUGGAGCGAUUGGAGCUGCUCGGGGAUUCAGUUUUAAAGUAUUCUGUGAGCUGUGACCUUUUUCUAAGGUAUCCUGAAAAGCAUGAAGGACAAUUAUCUGAUCAGCGUACACGGGCUGUUUGUAAUUCAGCCCUACAUCAAUUGGGAAUAACUCACAAAAUACAGGGAUAUAUACGAGAUAAUGCAUUCAUACCACGUUUUUGGGUUGCUCCUGGACAACGACCUGCAUUUAAUUCCCCUUGUACUUGUGGUGUUGAUACUUUAGAAGUGCCUCUGGAUGCUAAAUUUCAAACUGAAAACCUGAAUGUCCAGAUUGCUACAUGUUGUUCUUUAGGCCACCGAUGGAUGUGUUCCAAAACAGUAUCUGAUUGUGUUGAAGCCAUUAUAGGAGCAUACUACGUCAGUGGAGGGUUGAUUGCUGCACAGCAUGUGAUGAAGUGGUUUAGCAUGGAUGUUAAAUUUGAUCCAUUAUUGGUAGAUGAAUACAUCAAGAAUGCUUCUCUACAAUCUUAUACGCCUAAGGAAGAAGAAAUUAAGAGCCUAGAAUCAAAAGUUGGCUAUAAGUUUUCCAUCGAGUUUCUCUUACAAGAGGCGAUGACACAUGCCUCGAUGCAAGAACAUGGAAUUGGCUAUUGUUACCAGAGGCUUGAGUUUCUUGGUGACGCUGGGUUGGACUUGCUUAUUACACGGCAUCUCUAUCAAAAUCACACAGACAUUGAUCCUGGUGAAUUGACGGACUUACGUUCAGCUUGUGUUAGUAAUGAAAACUUUGCGCAAGUUGUCGUUAGAAAAGAUCUAUGGAAGCAUCUUCAACAUUGUUCUACAUUGCUUCUAAGCCAAAUAUCAGAGUAUCUGAAGUCCUUUAGUGAAUCUGAUGAAGCCACCAAAUCGGCUGCAGGUCCAAAGGGUCCCAAGGCUCUUGGAGACCUACUUGAAAGUAUUAGUGGGGCAGUUUUAAUUGAUACAAAAUUUAACCUAGAGGAAGUAUGGAGAAUAUUUAUGCCGCUAUUAUCGCCUCUUGCAAAUCCAGAAAAUCUUGAGCUUCCUCCACUGCGUGAAUUGAUGCUAUUAUGCGACUCUCGUGGAUAUUUUUUGAAAAACAAAUGUGUAAGUAAGAAUGACGAUACUGUGCAUGCACAGCUCAGGCUACAGAUCUCUGAUGUUCUUUUGGUUGGAGAUGGCUAUGAGCGGAGCAAAAAAUCUGCCAAAGAAAAAGCGGCUAUUCAUUUGUUGAAGGAGCUUGAGGAAAGAGGAAUAACAUAUUCUCGAGGCGACUCAAAGAAGAGGAAACAAGAUUCCAAUGUUCUAGUUGAUUCAUCUUCCAUAGACAUAACAAAUGCUAAGCCGAUAACACACAAAAAUCCAAAGAAGCUCGAAAAUCAAUCACCAUCAGGUUCUGGAAGAGAUCCUUCCGCUGCUAGCAAUUGCAAAGAUAACCCACCAGUUACAGUUAUCGGGGCAAUUGACAUGAAGAAGGGUGGACCUCGAACAGAUCUUUUCAAGCUCUGUAAAAAAUUGCAGUGGACAAUGCCUUCAUUUAAAACAACAGAACAAAAAUCAAGCACUCUAAUUUCAUUUGGUGAAGGAAUUGAGAGAUAUAAUUGCUUUGUAUCAAAAAUCACAUUGACAGUACCCGAAUACGCCACUAUUGAAUGCACCGGAGACCGUAAACCGGAUAAGAAAAGUUCAUUGGAUAGUGCAGCAUUGUCUAUGCUUUAUGAGCUUCAAGAACAAGGGCAACUUAUCAUCGACGACUCGGGAAAUAAGUUAACUACUGCUUCAGAUAACUGUUCCCAGAUUCUGGAAAACAUAGAGCAAGUAGAGAACAAACCCACUGACCUCCAAGAAUCAAUGGCUUAGCUGAAUUUUUCAUGCACCAUUGUUUUGUAUCUGCAGAAACUGUACAUAGUACUAUGGCCCGUGACAUUUUUCUGGAAAGCAUAGCAGUCAGCUAGAAAAUAUUAUAUUGUAAUAUUAAUGAAUGUGAUAGUAAUCUAGGCUGCUUCCUAAUGGUAGUUUUCUGUUUUAUUUUA